UGGGCUGGUCCUUCCGCUCUGGUCCACGUGGACCGAGACUCCCGGGACCCGAGGCGGAUCUCCCGAGCCGGGGACUCUUCUGCAGAGGCCGAGAGAUUAAGCUUCGAAUCAUCUCUCGAACUCAUAGGAAAGGGUGUCUUUUCCUGCGGACAUCUCCCGAUAUUUCCAGACUGCAGUCCUCAGGCCAGGGUUAGAAUAGUCUGCCGCUGACUGAGAGAAAUACACCGCUACAGGCCAUGGUUCUGUUUGAGGAAGUGGCCGUGGACUUCACCUGGGAAGAGUGGCAGCACCUGGACUGGGAGCAGAGGAGCCUGUACAGGGAUGUGAUGCUGGAAACCUACAAUCACCUGGAGUCAGUGGGACAUUCAGUCACCAAACCUGAACUGAUCAUCAAGUUGGAGGAGAGAGAAGAGCCAUGGAUGGUCAGUCCCCCAGUGCAGAGCCUCUCAGGACAUUCAGUCAUCAAACCGGAACUGAUCAUCAAGUUGGAGGAGAGAGCAGAGCCAUGGAUGGUCAGUCCCCCAGUGCUGAGCCUCUCAGGACAUUCAGUCACCAGACCUGAACUGAUCAUCAAGUUGGAGGAGAGAGCAAAGCCAUGGAUGGUCAGUCCUCCAGUGCAGAUCCUCUCAGAUAUUCAGCCAGAGGAUGACUUGAUUGAACAUAAUUGGAAAGAUAAGAGUAAAUAUUAUUUGCAAGGUGUAAAGACCAAGAGCAGAGAAACAACAAAGCAGAGAGUGGACGUCAAAAACACUUCUAAUUUCAGCAGUACCUCCAUCUCAAAGGCAGUGAUUAGUAAGGGAAUCUAUUCUACCCAGCUGUCUGAGAAGAUUCAUGGUAAUAAGAAUAUACCUCUGACUGUUGAACACGAUGAGGUAUACCCUGUACAGAUACUUGAGGACCACAACAAUCUCUGUAAAAUAGCUAAUAUCACUAAACAUCCAGAAAUGUGUGCCAGUGGAAUACAUCAUGAAUUUCAAGCAGACAGGCAGCUUUCAGAAUUCCAUAAAUAUGAAAGCACAUACCUUUCAGCGAAAAAUUAUGCCUGUAAGCAAUAUGGCAAAACUUUAUUCAAACAACAAAGACUCAUUGAACAUCAGACAGUUUCCACAGGAGAGGAAUCCUAUGAAUGUCAAGAAUGUCAAAAACCUUUUUCAGGGAAUCUAAGCCUCAUUCAGCACCAAAGACUUUGCAAAGGAGAAAAAUUCUAUAACUAUGAAGACUAUAGGACAGCUUUCUCACAGGAUUUAUACUUCACUCACCAUACGACAAUUCACGCAAGGAAGAAAGUCUUUGAAUGUAAAGAAUGUUCGAAAAGUUUCUCAAUGAAGGCAUACCUCACUAGACAUCAGAGACUUCACACAGGAGUCAAACCCUAUGAAUGUAAAGAAUGUAGGAAAAGGUUCAUUAGAAAGGCAUAUCUCGUAGAACAUGAGAGAAUUCACACAGGAGUCAAACCCUAUGAAUGUAAAGAAUGUGGGAAAGCUUUCUCAUCGAAGACAAACCUCACUACACAUGAGAGAAUUCACACAGGAGAGAAACCCUAUGAAUGUAAGCAAUGUAGAAAAAGUUUCUCAACAAGCUCAUAUCUCAUAGCACAUGAGAGAAUUCACACAGGACUGAAACCCUAUGAAUGUCAAGAAUGUAGGAAAAGUUUCUCAGUGAAGGCAUACCUCACUAGACAUGUGAGAUUUCACACAGGAGUCAAACCCUAUGAAUGUAAAGAAUGUAGGAAAAGUUUUAUUACAAAGGCAUAUCUCAUAGAACAUGAGAGAAUUCACACAGGAGUCAAACCCUAUGAAUGUAAAGAAUGUAGGAAAACUUUCUCAGUGAAGGCAGUCCUUACUAGACAUGAGAGAAUUCACACGGGACUGAAACUCUUUGAAUGUAAAGAAUGUAUGAAAAGUUUCUCAACCAAGAGAAACCUCACUGUACAUGAGAGACUUCACACAGGAGUCAAACCCUUUGAAUGUAAAGAAUGUAGGAAAAGUUUCACAACAAAGGCAUAUCUUAUAGAACAUGAGAGAAUUCACACAGGAGUCAAACCCUAUGAAUGUAAAGAAUGUAGGAAAUCUUUCUCAUCGAAGACAAACCUCACUACACAUGAGAGAAUUCACACAGGAGUGAAACCCUAUGAAUGUAAAGAAUGUAGGAAAACUUUCUCAACGAAGACAAACCUCAAUACACAUGAGAGAAUUCACACAGGAGUCAAACCCUAUGAAUGUAAAGAAUGUAUGAAAAGUUUUGCAACAAAGUCAUAUCUCAUAGCACAUGAGAGAAUUCACACAGGAGUCAAACCCUAUGAAUGUAAAGAAUGUAGGAAAACUUUCUCAAUGAAGACAGGCCUCACUAGACAUGAGAGACUUCACACAGGAGUCAAACCUUAUGAAUGUAAAGAAUGUAGAAAAACUUUCUCAGCGAAGACAAACCUCAUUACACAUGAAAGAAUUCACACAGGAGUCAAACCCUAUGAAUGUAAAGAAUGUACGAAAAGUUUCUCAACAAAGACAGGCCUCACUACACAUGUGAGAAUUCAUACAGGAAUUAAACCCUAUGAAUGUAAAGAAUGUACGAAAAGUUUCUCAAGAAAGACAAACCUCACGGCACAUGAGAGAAUUCACACAGGAGACAAGCCCUAUUAAUGUAAAGAAUGCACAAAAAGUUACUCAACAAAGUCACAACUCAUAGCACAUGAGAGAAUUCACACAGGACUGAAACCCUAUGAAUGUAAGGAAUGUAAGAAAUCUUCAACGGAGACAAACCUCACUACACAUGAGAGAAUUCACAGAGCAUUGAAACACUAUCAAUGUAAAGAAUAAAACAAAACUUUGUCGAUGAAGGCAAUCCUUACUAAUCAUGAGAGAAUACAAACAGGAGUAACACCCUGUGAAUGCAACGAAUGAAGGUAAAGUUUCUUGAGAAUGUCAGAACUCAGCAUAUGAGAGACUUAACAGGAGUCAACCCCCCCUUUUUUUUUUUUGCUUUUUGGGUCACCUAUGGCGAUGCUCCGGGGUUACUCCUGGUUCUGCACUCAGGAAUUACUCCUGGAGGUGCUCAGGGGACCAUAUAGAUGCUGGGAGUGAAACCUGGUUCGGCUCUUUGCAAGGUAAACUCCAAUCCGUUUUUAUACUCUUUUUAAAUUUUGCUUUUUGAACAAAGGAGUCAAUCCCUGUGAAUGUAAAGAAUGUACAAAAAGUUUCCCAAUAAAGUCACAACUGACUGGACAUGAGAGAAUUCACACAGGAGUGAAACCCUUUGAAUCUAAAAAGUGUUGUAAACUUUCUGAAUGAAUACAGGUCUCAGAAGACAUGAGGGAUUUCACACAGAAAUUAAACCUUAUAAAUGUAAGGAAUGUGCAAAACGUUUCUUAAGCAUUUUGUCUCUAAAUCAAUAUGAGAGACUUCACUCAGGAGUGAAACCCUAUGAAUCUAAAUAAUGUAGGCCAACUUUCUCAGUGAAGUCACUCGUCACCAGACAUGAGAGAAUUCACUCAGAAAAGAAGCCCUCUGAAUAUUAAGAAUGUAGGAAAAAUAUUUAGAAAUUUUAUAAGCCUGAGAGAAUUCACACAGAAGAAAAACUUUAUGAAUAUAAAGAACAUACAAGUUGUCUAGAAUUUCAAAAUAUUUAAUAACACAAUGGUACUCAAGCAUUGUAUGACUGAAACGUAAUCAUGCAAAUUUGUGAAUCUGCAACUAUCUCACAGUGAGUCAUUGAAAAUAAAAAAUUUUUAAUGAACGGCUGUUACUUUCUUAAAUGCCCACUGAAAUGAAGGUGAUGUUGCUCUCCCCUAUUUUUUUUUGUGCUGUGGCCCUAGAGAGUAGUAGAGCCCCAGAUUUAGCUUAUAAUUCAUAAGAUUACAGCAUGCAUUUAGACUGGUAUGAUUAAUUUUUGUUACUUUUUUUUAAAUUUCACCUCAAUAUAAUUCAGACAAAAGUUUAUUAUUGAACUGUUUUAGGGGUAAUCUAACUUAAGCACUGCCAUUCCAUUGUUAUCAGACCAUUUGUUCAGUUUGGUGUAGAAUUUUCACUUAAAAUAUUUAUGUAAAAAAAUAUAUAGGAAUAUAUACAUAUGUAUAGAAAACUUCUGGACAGAGACAGCUAGCUAAAAUUAAAAUUUAAAUAUGUAAAUAUGUCAAAGUCUUCAGCAAAACUUCCAUCAUUAGAGUUGGAGAUAUGGCUUACCAAAUUGGAGUGGGGCCAUUUGGGAGGUGGGGUGGGAAGGCCGAAUGCAAGUGGAAAGGAACUGGCUUACUGAUUCUGGAAGCAUAAACUCAGGCUACAGAUUGUGGUGUAUCUUGCCCACCUAGAAUCAGAGGGCUGGUCACAGAGAAUGAGAUAAACAAAUUCACACACAAGCACUGUCCUUGUUUUAGUGUUCCUGAGCAACUGUCAGUGGGCUGACGGGCUCUUGUAUAUUGUUUAUUUGAUUCAGUAUCGUCCCAACAUGUGAGCUGUUGUUUAAGUUGGCAGAGACACGAAGGACAUGGAGUGAGCAUGUGAACAUUUAAGAGGUGUACGGAAGACCAGAGGUUGGCGUAUUUCACACAGCCAGUCAAUCACUCAUACAGGAGAGUCACGUGACAACUUCCUUUUCUAUGUAUUGCCUGUGUUGCCCUCUGCAUCUAAGAGACCCUAAACUGUAAACGUGCAUUCCCCUGGAUGCACCCAGGCGCCCCGACGCCUUUGCCCCUGCGCCUUUCCCUCCCGGUGGGUCGCACAGAGGAGACCCCACAGGAACUCCCCACAGCCCCGCUAGCUCGCCCCGGUCGGGCCGGGAGGCGCUGCAGAAAGGCGGCGGCGGCUUCAGCACUGAAGGGUUCCUCCUGGCUCUGCACUCGGGAAUCUCCCGUGGCGGUGCCGGGGGACCGUGCGGGAUGCCGGGGAUCGAACCCUGGGAGCCAGCGCCCUCCCCUCCCUCCCGCUCCGGCCUCUGCAUCACUCACGUCCUCACCGAGUUUGGUCCUUUCCUGACCCGCGCGCCCCCUGCAGACGGCCGCCAGGGGGCGCCCGCGCGGAGGCUCAGGUCCUGCUUCUCUUCAGUUCCAAGGGUCUGUUCAUCCAGGGACUUUCUUUCCUUCUCCACUGGGUUUAGGUCUGUUCCACGUGUCCAUACAGAGGCCAUUGAUUGGUUUGGUUUUUUCCUGACAGCCAGUUCUCGUCAUUGCAUAAAACGCACAUGUUUAGGCACUCUGUGUUUGUGUGUAUGUAUCUAUCUGUGUCUAUAUGUGUGUCUAUGUGUGAGUCUAUGUGUGUUUUUGUCUGAACCUUUUGAAACAUGCUGACUUUGGCCAUCUUGAUCUUCUGGUCCAUCGAGUCUGUUUUUCUUUUCAGCUAUGCACGAAUUUUAUGAUAUUCUAUUAUACAGCAAUAUAAAUUAUAAUAGGAAUCUAACAAUACUUUAUAAUAAAUACUAAUUUAUUAAUAUAUAUUUCUAUAAUUUAAAUUUAUGCUAGAUAUAAAUGCAAAGUUAUAGAUGUAUAUAUGAAUCUAACUAUGAACAUACAACAAAUUUAUUAUACAUGAGUUUUAUUAGAUGUGAAAUGAAUCAACUAUCUUUGGGUCUGUUGCUCUUUUUCACGUGCCGGCCCGGCAGCCUUCACACCCAGGCUCCGUUAGUCCCUGAGUGGUCAGGAGCAUGAGUCUGGACUGAACUCCCCAGUGCCCUAGAGACUCACUGUCUUUUUCCCCUUUUUCUUU